GAGCCUCAGGUGCCGCAGAGCACAGGUGUCCGGCUCUCCACCGAGCGCAGGCGUCCGAGGAGGAGCGCGGAGGCGGCCAGGCCGGACCACCCGGGCCCGCGAGCGCUCCCGCAGCCACCGGAGCCCACCUUCCCCGGCAGUGCGAACAACCCAGAGAGGAUGGAUUGGAGCACUUUGCAGACUAUUCUGGGGGGUGUCAAUAAACACUCCACCAGCAUUGGAAAAAUCUGGCUCACCGUCCUCUUCAUUUUUCGCAUCAUGAUCCUGGUAGUAGCUGCAAAGGAAGUGUGGGGAGAUGAGCAGGCUGACUUUAUCUGCAACACUCUGCAGCCUGGGUGCAAAAAUGUGUGCUAUGAUCACUACUUCCCUAUCUCUCACAUCCGGCUCUGGGCCCUUCAGCUGAUCUUUGUGUCCACACCAGCUCUCUUGGUGGCCAUGCAUGUGGCCUAUCGCAGACAUGAGAAGAAAAGGAAGUUCAUUAAGGGAGAGAUAAAGAGUGAAUUUAAAGACAUCGAAGAGAUCAAAAGCCAGAAGGUCCGAAUUGAAGGGUCGUUAUGGUGGACCUAUACCAGCAGCAUCUUCUUCCGGGUUGUCUUCGAAGCUGUCUUCAUGUAUGUCUUCUACAUCAUGUAUGAUGGGUUCUCCAUGCAGCGUCUGGUGAAAUGUAAUGCCUGGCCUUGUCCCAAUACAGUGGACUGCUUUGUUUCCAGGCCCACAGAAAAGACUGUCUUCACAGUGUUCAUGAUUGCAGUGUCUGGAAUUUGCAUACUGUUAAAUGUCACUGAAUUGUGUUAUUUGCUAAUCAGAUAUUUUUCUGGAAAGUCAAAAAAACCAGUUUAACACAUUACCCAGCUACUAGGUAAAAGAUGGAAGGAAAAGGAUGAGGCAACCUGUUCUUAGUUGUCAAGGCCAAGUCACCAUUAUCUCCCCAGGGUCAAGAUUUUCAUAUUAAACACAACCAUUUGAAAUUCCUGUAGCUCUCAGGUGAAACUCUAAAUGCUUCUGAUGGCACUCUUCUCUUUUAAAGCUAAAAAACAAAUGCUUGAUCCUAUGCCAAAAUUGAUUUUUACUCAAAUUAGUUCCAAUAAAACGCUGUGCUGGUAGGGUUAUUGGUGCAAAGUAAUUUCACAUUUUGAAGAAAGGGAAAUUACUUUGGCAAAGGAUAUUGCCCUUUGUUUCUAUUUCUUUGAGGAAAGGAGAGAAAUGCUGGGUCCUAAAGAGGACUCUGAGAAAGGUUGGCUGUUCCCCUGAGGGACGUUCCUUUUGCCAUUUCCACCUGAAUUAAAGGUAAGCCUAGAGAAUCUUGGUUCUUUUAUUCACUUUGGGAAUUCUCGUAACCAUGGACAAGGUUACCUAAUACUUCAAACUCCAUCAAACUUUUUGUUAAAUGAACACUGGGAAAUAUGUUCUUUCGAUCUAUAAGACAUUCUGAAAGCCAUUGUAUAUUACUACUAUUUCAAAGGCUCAGAUAGUGAUAUGUAAAUGCUGUGUAAUUAGGUACUGUCAUUGAGUUGAAAAUGUGGGCUCUUGGUUUUGAAGAAUUUUUAGGGCCACUACAUUAACUGUGCUGUGUAGUCCACAAAAGCAUUGCGGCCUCUCAUGGGAAGCCAACUGGACAUUCUCAGUGCGGGCUUGACAGCCAAUGGCCUCAUUUCACAACUUUGGAUGUAAUUUUGCAGGAGAAAUACAGAUAAUGUAUCAGCAGCUGCCACCGACUACAGGCUGGCUCCAGACCCCCUGUCUCCCUGCCAAUGCGUGCCUUCUCCACGACUGGUAAAGGGUGGAACACCAACUGGAAGAAGUUGCUUGGGACUAUUUUGUUGCCACGUAUGAAACAAAAUGGGUGGUAGUUACUAUUUUU